CCUCCCUCUCUCUUUCUCUGUGUGCUGUUCCUCUCUGUCUAGCUGGCCUAUUAGUCUCUUUCUCUUUUCUUUUCUUUUUUUCUCUUCUCCUUUCUUAUUCACUGCUUCAAUUAAAGCAACAGUGACCUUAAUCUUCUUAUGCUUGUGGUCCCCCACCCAUGGCUGUUUAGUGAACCUUCCCUUCAUCCCCUCGAUUCGAUCCCCUCUUUGCUCCUCCGAGGGGCCACGCGGCACCAUGCAGUCGAUGCAAAGGCAGAUUGGCCGCUUCAUGAAGCGCUCCGCCGACGAAAGCCAGGUUGCGAUUCUUCUCAAAGACUUUGAGGAAGCGGACAAGCUAUUAGGCCGAAUCAUCGAAUUCACCAGCGCAUGGCGCGAUGCUUGGUCCUCACUGCUCAUCCACCAGAACCGUAUGCUGAGCGAAUUCAAUUCCCUGUAUGCUCCCAUCCUUGGAUCGUCCGACUCUUCGACCGGCCAGAAAGCUGUUCCGACUCCGCAAGAGACAUUGGCGCGGACAGAUAAGCUUCGGGAGCAAUACGAGGAGCUCCGGCGAGAGAUCCUGGCCGACAUUGCCGCGGUGGACGAGCGCAUGAUCCAGCCCGCAACCCAGGCUCGAGAGUACCUGAUUCCGAUGAAGAAAACGAUCAAGAAACGCGAUGAUCGCAAGCUGGACUAUGAGCGCUACCAAGGUCGUGUGGACAACUAUACCAAGAAAACGAAGCGAUCGGAUCGUGACAAUGCAGCCCUGGUCAAGGCUGAGAGUGACUUGGCGAGAGCAGUCGAGGAUUAUAACGCUGCCGACGAACACCUCCGCCACUGCCUUCCGCCGCUGAUUGCUGCAGCGUUCUCCCUGCUCCCCCGUCUGCUGGCCGCGCAGAUCGAGCUGCAAAACACCAUGUUGGCCCGGUACUACACCGUGGUGCUGGAGUACAGCCAGGACGAACAAUUCCCGGUCCCCGCACCGCCGAUGGAACAUAUCGUGGAGGACUGGGAGCGCGCACAUCUGCCCGUUCAGCAGGAAGUUGAGAAUUUCGCUAGCAUCGCCAAUGGUAGGACCGUUCGCAUGUCCCCGGUGGACGAGCACCCGCGCAACGGUCAUAGUUUUAUCAGUCGCCCGGUGAACGUAGUAUCCAGCUACUGCCGGUCACCGGGCGCUCACGAAGACACGCCGCCACCGAAGCCCCCACGGCCGGUGUCGCCGAAUCCUGCAGCUAUGCCGCGCAAACUCCCGCCGCCAGCGCCGCCAGCAGCUCAGUCUAAGCUCCCGCCUAUGCCACCGCCGCCGGCCUACGACACCAAGCCCCGGCCGAAUCUCGAAACAAAGCCGAAACCGAUACCCCGACCAAAACCGCAGCUGUCGGCAGCCGCAUCCACGUCCUCUCUGAACCUCCUUUCGAGCUCGAGCCAGCACCUCUCGCCGCAAGCCUCUGUCCCCGCGACAUCCGCCUCGUCCCCUGCAGCUGAAUCCUACGUCUCCGCUGCUGAAUCCAUCCACUCUCCGUCUCCGGGUGUGUCUUCCGUCGCAGCUCGAGCGGACUACUUCAGUCGCAACAGCAACAACAACAACAACAACCACCAGUAUACGUCGCCAGCAGCCUCUGCUGCGGCGGCAGUGUCCCCGGGGCUCUCUUCCGUGGCGGCUCGAGCCGACUACUAUAGUCGGUCUGACAGCCAUGGCCGGCUCUCGCCUAAUGUAUCAGCAUCCACCCUGUCUCCUGCCGCGGCCGGUGUCUCCCCCGGCUUAUCGUCCAUCGCGUCUCGUGGGAACCAUUUCAGCCGCUCCAACAGCAACAACCGACAGCCAUCUCCGUCCCCAUCCCGUGCAGCAGUGUCCCCGGGAACGAGUACGCUGCUGGCGGGCAAGAAGAAGCCACCGCCACCGCCGCCGCCGCCCCGGAUGAACUCGCAGAACGCGCUGUUCGUGACGGCGCUGUAUGAUUUCGGGGGGCAAGGGGCGGGGGAUUUGUCUUUUCGCGAGGGCGACCGGAUUCGUGUGCUGAAGAAGACGGAGAGUACGGAUGACUGGUGGGAGGGGGAGCUGAGAGGGGUGAAGGGGAGUUUCCCGGCUAACUACGUGGAGUGACCGGGGUAUCAAGUAGUCAUCAUAGCGACACUGCAGAGUCUGAGUAAUAGUGCGGAGUUUAGCGUUUCAGACAGCAUACGAUGGUUAAUCAAAAUAAUGGCACGAGACGAGUACGGAG